AGUGAUGAGUUGUAUCAAGAGUUGAUUAGGAAAUAUCGGGAGUCUGAAGAAAGCAACUUGAUAAAAUUUGGUGUUGUAGACCUUGAUGAUUUGAAUAAGCCAGCAUUUUAUGAACAGUUGAAACUUAGCUAUCAAAGACAAUUCAAAGGGUUAGAAAAGAUUCUUGGAGAUGAAGUAAUAGCAAAAAUGUUGGAAAAAAUUGGAUCUUUCAAAGAAACAGAAUCUAUAGAAAGUUUUUUUGAAUCUUUCAAUAAAUAUGAAAACUUUAGAAGUGUUAUAUUUGUUGAUAGAAUGCGACAUUUCAUUUUGUCUGCAGUAAAAACAUUUUGGAAUGUUUUCUCCAGAAGUGAAACAUAUUUUGAUGCUGAACACAGCGAGCCACAUCUAAAUACAUUCCUUUACACACCAUUAUUUGAUGCACUGUUUUUCAGCAAAGAAUAUAUUUUAUCAGUGAACAGUUCAAGUGAAGCAAACAGUGAAAGAAGGAAUUAUAACAUCAAAUCAGAACGAAUAAGACGUGCUUUAAUUCCAGAUAUCAAAGUUUGCUAUGCAACACAUGAAGUAGAAACCAUUGUUUUUGAACAAAAAAAAUUAGCUGCACGAAUGAAAGGCAUAAAGCCAGCAAAGUAUGACUCAAACAAAUUGGUGCUGUUAAUGCAUGACCAAAUAACACGUUUCUAUAAUAUCUUGAGUAGUAGAGAUCUGGAAGAAAAUAUAAAUCUGAUAAAUGUAUUUGGUGUACGUCUGUCUGGCCUAGAUGUUGAGAUAUAUAUAAUGUACCUUGCUGCACCAGGACUUUACAUAAAAUCCAAGCUAUUUUCAUUCACACUACCAAAAAGACUAGUUUCUUUUUCAUCAAUUGUGAAUCCCAUAAUAGAUCUGAUCAAAUUUAGG